UAAGACUCUGCGCUUGUUUACACACAAAAUAAUCAUCAACUAUAAUAAACCUAUAGUUAAAUGAUGAAGACGGCAAAGUUUCACCAUCAAAGAUGGACUCUGCUUUACAUUUGUUUAUGGGAAAUCUUCAUCUCUGUGUCAGUAUCCAGCACUUCAGCUCCAGAGGAGGUACUGAAUGGAGCUGUAGGAAAGUCUCUUACAUUCCCUACUCUGGUUCCUGUAACUGGUGCUAUACUUUAUGAAGGCAGAACCAUUGGACAGGUGUUCAAUAAACAGACUGAGACAGGCAUUACUGAGGAGUUUAAGAAUCGUCUCCACUGGGACAGUCAGAGUGGGUUCUUCACUCUCUCAGACCUGAGAACAGAUGAUUCAGGUGUUUAUAUUGUAGAGAGUACUAAAGAGGUGAAGAGCAAACAAGCCUAUCAGCUGAACGUGUACGAUAAAGUAUCAGCACCUCAGGUGAUAAAACACAACUCCAGUUCUGCAGAGAGUGACCUCUGCUCAUUGCAGUGCUCAGUGAGGAAUGUGAGAGGACUGAAUCUGUUUUGGUUUAAAGGCAAAAGCUUAUUAAACCACACGAACAGUUCCAGUCUAAACAACACACUGAAUCUCCUUCUGGAAAUAGAGAAGUUUGACAAUGAUCCCUACAGCUGCAUGGCUACCAACCCAGUCAGCAACCAGACAACCACAGUUCAUAUUACAGAGCUCUGCCAUCAUAAACCAGGUGUGGACUCAGGUUCUGUUUCUCGAACUCACAUCUUUACUAUAAUAAUAUGCACGGCAGUGGAUAUUCGGGAUGAUUGUGUUUGUACGGAGAAAGAAAUCUACAUGUCUGCAAGAAAAACAGCAAACUGAUCUUGAUCUACUCACAGAAGUGAUUUAUUCGACAACUGGUUCCUAAUGAGGUAACAUAAUUACAUCAAGAGAUUCAGCCACAUAAAGCAGGGGCCUCCAUCCCCUUCAUCCAACAGCAAGAAGGAUUAGACAAACAGGAAAGUGGUGUUCUUCUAUAUGUACACUGUAGA